CAACGCCUGAAUUCACGUCAAUCGAGGAUGUCAGCAACAUAGUUAGCCUGGAGCAAAAUGCAAGUCUGCUCUCUAGGAUUUAAGUGAAAAUGCAAUCAAAAAACUGGAAUUUGAUUGCGCUUGUAUUUUUAUGCUUGAUAAAAUUUUCAAAGCCUCAGGUUCGAAGCUCCUGUCAGCUAAGUGGUUAUGCCCAACGAUCCUCAUUCCUCUGGCAAAGCAGCAUUUUUGGUUCAUCGAGACAAAUCAAGUGCUUCUCGGAAUGUGCCUCAGAUGCAAAGAGCGGCAGCAAAAUCAAGCGCGACUUCAGCUCAAUGCAAUUUUACUUUGAACGAGUAUACAAUCCUCGACGUAUAUCUGUGAACUGUGAUUUAACUCCUAGGUUUUUAGUAACAUACUGCAAUUUAAUGUUGAAAAGAUUGGCUGUACCUCAAAUUGGCACAAGGAGAUACUUUUUUGUCCCAACUUUUGAAAUGAGCUAUUUUGAGGCGCUCAAGUUUUGCAGGAGUAGGAAUCUCCUGCUUGGCGUCACAGAUAUCAAGUCGAAAGAGCAAGAAAUAAUUGCACUGCUUGCAACCACAGGAAACCUUGACCCGACGGGGAAGGCGAAAUUUUGGGGAGAUUCUCGAGCGCAAAACGGUACUUAUUUAAUAGAUGGCAACGCUCAGUGCUCCGCGUUCUCAGUAGAGAAGUCUGGAGCCUUUGUAAAAACGGAUGAGACAUGCAAAACCAAAUUGAAAUUUUUCUGCGACGUUCCUUCACAAUGCUAUGCAGAAAUUUGCAACGCCGCAACUGGUUUAAUAAGCAGACCGGAAACAGCCACAACAUUCAUUGCCAAAUCUUGCUCAGAUCCAACUUGUCCAAAAUGCGGAUCAAAUAAUCCACCUACCUCUGCAGACGGAAUUUCUAAAACUUAUUGUGGGAAAAACUACUUCAUAUCUACUACCACGGCAAGUUUUGAGGAAGCAAUGGGAGUUUGUUGUUCGAAAAAAAUGAAUUUGCUGACAAUUGAAUCGGAAGCAGAUAUCAACUGCGUGUCUGAUCUUUUCAGAGAUAGAGAAGUGAAGAGGAUGGACAAACCAGAGUUCUGGACUUCGGCAACAAGUAACGGGUGUCCCGGUCGCUUUUCGUGGUGCACCGCUCCUUUUGCUGCAGUGCCAAAGUGGUUGUGGGCCGAAGCCGAGCCAUUGCAAAAGAACUGCGUGGUCGCAAGUCUCACCCCCAUACCAGAAGGGCAAACCUAUUCCGAAGUAGCUCUAAACACUAGAGAUUGUGCUCAGCAAUCAAAAUUCAUUUGCAUGGAGCCAGGCGCUAGUGUUUACGAAAAUGCAAUUAUUGGAAACAAAUCUUGCAACCAGGAAUGCUUUUCUGGAAAAUGUCAAUCCAAGGCUAUAGCGGGCAGUUUCAACUUUCGAGCUUCAAGUCCGGGAGUUGCUGGACCAAUAAAAACAGCCUGUGGAUUCAAUUAUUACAUAGGAAAAUCCACGAGAAGCUGGCAGGAGUCAGAAAAUGCCUGUUGCGAGGACCGUAUGGAACUAGUAAGCGUUUCGGACGAAACUGAAAUUGAGUGCAUUAGAGAGUUGUUGGGCAUAUUAAAUGACAACUGGCGGAGUGGUCCGUUUUGGGUGGGUGGAACAGACGUAAACUGCGCUCUGAACUUCACGUGGUGCAGCGCUUACAACCCUCGACUACCCUUCUCCACAAGGCAGCAACGCAUCGUUCGGCUUAACAAUCGCAAAGGCAGCAGCUGCAUUGCGCUGGACCUCAACCCGGCAAAAACUGGAUUGGUCGCCUACAAAUGCGACCAGAUGUAUCGAUACAUUUGCAGGGACCCCAGAAACUGUUUGCCACAAUGUCCUACCGCGUGCCCACUGAAUGCUGGAAAGUCGGCUGCCAUGGAAGCGGCUAGAUCUUUGAGAAUUAAAAGACAGGCUGCAACUGCAGAUGAUGAAGAUGAAGAUUCAGAUAAAAAAGGAACCGAGCAACACACUGGUAUUUUCAACUCUAUAAAUGCUUGUGGUCGAAAUUACUUGAUUAGUGAAGAUAUGCGCACAUAUUCCGAUGCAUAUUCACAGUGCUGCACUAAAAACAUGCGUCUCCUCUCCCUUGACAACAAAAAUGAAGGCGACUGCCUCAUGGACUUGUUGAAAAGUCCGGGAAAAGACACAACUUUUUGGACUUCCGCCACUGACUAUGGCUGCAAAGGAUAUUUUGUGUGGUGCGGUACUGGCGAGUAUUUCAAUGCCGUUGAUCAUGGCAAGGCUAGAAUCACUGCUGGCGACAACAAAGACUGCAUACUAUUGGAAUAUGAUUAUAAAAAGAAAUUUUUCUCGUUAAAAGACGAAGUGUGCUCUUUGAAACAAAAAUUUAUAUGUGAACCAGCCAACUAAAAG